CCAAUUAAUAGCCAGCGCUUGCUUUUCACGUGUUUUGUGCAAUUCGGUGUGUUUGUUUUGGAGAGUUAACAUAUUGAAGAAUUUCUAAAUUAAUGGAAGAAUUUCAAAAUAAAUGGAAGACUGAACGAGAAGUUUAAGUUUGUUACUCUCUUGUAAAUGAUGAUCUUUUCGCUGUUAAAUAUGACUAUCCUUUAAAUGUGUUGAUCUUUCGCUGAUAACUUUAAGGAAAAACUUUGGGCAAAUGCAAACCUUCCAACGCAAUUUUCUCUGGAAUUAUUUGAGCCACCAGAAAUAACAUGACAUCUUUUUGAGCUGCUUGAAUUCUGACGGCAAUGCAUCGUUCACUCGUGAAUAAUAAAGCGCGAGUGGAGCUUGUUAACGCAAUUGUAGCUUGUUAACGCAAUUGUUUGGACCAAUUAGCAACAGCCUUGUAAUUACUGGUUGAGUGGACUAUUUAAAUAAAGCAAGGCGCGCAGUAUCGUUGCCUAAGACCAUGGCGACCUUAGGCGAAGAGGCAGUUGAUUAUAUUUACUCGCCUUACAACCCUUAUUCUUAUCAUUACCGGCCAAAGGGUUCCAGUUGGAGGCAGAGGCAAUACGUGAACAACUAUGGAGAUCCGACCGAAUAUUUUGAUAACUACCAACGAGCUCGGCUCAAGGCUAUAUUAUCUCAGGUGAACCCGAACCUAAUACUGAGAGUGAGAAAAGCUAACACCAAAGAUGUCGGCGUGCAGGUUAACCCUAAAAUCGACGCGUCUGUGCAGUGUUCGUUGGGUCCCAGGACGCUGACGGCGACGACACCGCGGCGCAAGGGAGUUGCCCUCAGGCGCCGGGCUCCACAAAACCAGGUGCAAGGAAGCCCGGUUAGUAUGCCCAAACAUGUUCGCUUCCGGAGGACCAUGGCUAUCUACUCGCCCAUCGUGUCGCCCAACCUAAACGGCUUCAUCUACAAAGACGGCCAGGACAAUGGAAAAGUGCAGUCCAAAGAGCCGCAAGAUAAACAAGCACGUCCGGAGAAAGACUUGGAGGUGAAAGAGAACGAGAGAAAGCAGGACAUCCCCCCUCCAGAGAAGGAGAUGUCCUCUGCCCCGGACGGGGCAAAUACCGAGCAGUCCGACAGCACGUGGAGGGAGGAGGAGGAGGAACAAAAUACCGAGGAGCCGCUCACCAGUGCUGUCAAAAAUGAGAAACGGCUCAGAUUUCAGUUCCUAGAGCAGAGGUACGGAUAUUUCCACUGCAAGGAUUGCAAUGCUCGGUGGGAGAGCGCUUAUGUCUGGUGUGUGCAAGGCACUAGCAAGGUCUACUUCAAGCAGUUUUGCAGAACCUGCAAAAUGCCAUACAACCCUUAUAGUGUCGAGGACAUCACCUGUCAAACCUGCAAACAGUCGAGAUGCACCUGUCCCAUCAAAAUGCGCCAUGUUGACCCAAAGAAGCCGCAUCGUCAGGAUCUGUGUGGCAGGUGCAAGGGCAAACGGCUCUCGUGCGACAGCACUUUCAGCUUCAAGUACAUAAUUUGAUCUCGAUGGUAGGACUGACUUCCUGCUGGGACUCGAGCUAAUAGAAGUGUUGUUUUUUUGGUUUAAAAAAAGAAAGAAAAUAAAGUGUGAAAAGCA